AGCAUAAAUGCUAACUCAAUACGGUGUUCAUCUGUCUUACACAGUAGUGAAUAACGACUGCAAGUCCUUCAUAGCGGCGUCGUAAUUAUAUAUGUAGGAAUAUAAUCUGUAUUAAUUUUUGAUUUCAGGUUCUAUUUUAAGUUUAGUGUCCGUUGACUGCUAACUAGUAUGUCCGAAUGCUGGUUAAUUUUCAGUGCAGUUGUGACAAGAAGAUUAACUUUUGAUACAGUGGAUUUAUUUAUUUACAUAAAGUUGUUUUAACAUGGGACGAAAGAACCAUGGCAAAUUUCAGCGCGGUGAAAACAAGGGGAAAGACAAACGUCAUAAAAUGAAGGGGAAAACUUUAGAAAGUUUUACAGAAGAAGUGCACACUGCUUUCCAAGCAAGUCUUCACCCAGAAGAAGGAGCAGAGGCUCCACAGGUGAAGCUGCCUUGUCCACUUGCCAUGUGGGACUUGGGUCACUGCGAUCCGAAACGUUGCACUGGCAGAAAGUUGGUUCGGAAAGGCUUUGUUCAGAAUCUGCGUCUCAACCAAAGAUUUAAUGGACUUAUACUGAGUCCAAUGGGUGUAAAGUAUGUGACGCCAGCUGACAGAGAAAUUGUCGCUCACAGUGGACUUGCAGUGAUUGAUUGUUCGUGGGCCAAACUAGAAGAGACACCAUUCAAUAAGAUGAUUGGAAGUCAUCCUAGAUUACUUCCCUAUCUUGUAGCAGCAAACCCUGUCAACUAUGGAAAGCCCUGCAAGUUAUCCUGUGUGGAGGCUUUUGCAGCCACAUUCUGCAUUGUUGGCUUCAAAGAAUUGGCAAUGCUUCUGUUAAAGAAAUUCAAGUGGGGGAACGGCUUCCUGCAGCUGAAUAAAGUUCUUCUUGAUCGCUAUGCGGAGUGUCAGUCUGAGGAAGAGCUGCUCUGUGUAGAGAAAGAGUUCCUCAUGUCUAAACCAGAAGAGGAAGAGUUUGAUCCAUUUGAUGUUAAUUCUGGGGUUGAAUGUAUGAAUCUCAAUCGACGUCAAUGUGCUCCUGAGGAUGAUGAAUCGGGUGAGGACAGCGACAUGUCGGAAGAUGAAGAUGAAAACGAAGAUGGCGAUGAAGAUUCAAAAACAUCCUGUAAUCAACAAGAAGAGGACUGAAUAAAAAUAUAUUUAAAAAUGUU